AUGCCCAGUGCUGAACCGUGGGUUGGGUUAUGGAGACCCCACAGACCACUGGGCCCUAUUGCAGCGAUGUACAAGAGCCCAGGGCCAAAGUACUCGCUGCCUGGACUCACAGGAGAAAAAUUGCACUGCUUGACAAAAUAUAAAGCUCCUUACUACAGCUUUGGGUCCCGUCAUGAGCUGUCUGCCUCCAGUCUUUCUCCUGGACCCAGAUAUCUUGUGCCUUCUAACAUCACACGAGUGGGCAGGGAUGGGACACCUGCAUUCUCCCUGCACGGGCGCCCAAAGGAACCUGGUUUAUUCCAAGCACCUGCACCAGGACACUAUUCCCCAGAGAGGUCCUCAAAGUCUGUCUUCCGCUGUUCUCCUGCGUUUACACUUUCUGGAAGAACCAAAGAAAGCAUCAAAGAUUAUGGACCAGGUCCUGCCACUUACCAACUGCCUGGAGUGAUUGGUGGCAAAUCUGUGGUCACCUCAUCUGCCCCUAUGUAUUCACUGUGUGGACGGAACAAAACUGGGGGCUUUUCUGAGGACCUCAAGAAGACUCCUGGUCCUGCUGCCUAUAAAGUUGUUGACUCGAGUCUCUACAAGGAAAAGCCUCCUCAUUUCAGUAUGACAGGUCGCAACUUCACCCCAGGGGAAACUACCAAGAAACCUGGACCUGGGGCUUACUGCCCGGAGAUGGUGACCUCAACUAAAUUCCAAGCCCCCAGUUACUCCUUUGGACUUCGCCAUUCUGAAUAUAUUGCACCUCUCAUUAAGGAUGGAACAGAGUAA